ACGUCAAAACGUCAUUAAUUUUUGGUUAUGACAACACUACCCUGCCACGUACUUUUUAGAUGUAAAUCAUAAAUAUGGGAAACUCUGAAAGCGUGGAUAUUCCUGGGGGAGGUACAGAUGGAUACCAUGUACUCAGGGUACAAGAUAACUCUCCUGGUAGCAAAGCUGGUCUCCAAGCAUUCUUUGAUUUUAUCGUCGCUAUUAACGGCACUAGAUUAGACCGCGACGAUGAUACACUUAAACAAAUAUUAAAAAAUGGAAUUGGAAAGCCACUACCUCUGACUAUAUACAGUUGUAAGACACAAAGUGUUAGAAGUGUCACAAUAGAGCCAAGUGAUAGUUGGGGUGGCCAAGGCUUACUAGGAAUUAGCAUUAGAUUUUGUUCUUUUGAAGUUGCCAAGGAAAAUGUAUGGCACAUUUUGGAAGUCAUACCAAAUUCACCAGCUGACUUAGCUGGCUUACGAGCCUUCUCUGAUUACAUAAUUGGAGCUGAUUCUAUUCUGCAUGAGGCUGAGGAUUUGUUCAACCUUCUGGAGAAUCAUGAGGGGGUCAGUUUAAAGCUGUAUGUUUACAAUUCUGAUGAUGAUUCAUGCAGAGAAGUAUCAAUAACACCCAAUGCACAAUGGGGUGGUGAAGGAUCUGUAGGUUGCGGCAUUGGAUAUGGAUAUUUACAUCGAAUCCCAGUUAGGAAUCCCAAUGCAAACAAACCUCCACCUACUACUAACAUAAUACCAAACAUCCCUAGUACUGUCACUCCAUUAAUUACUCCAACAACUGUGACAGUCCCAAAUAUCCCAAGUACCACUUUUAAUGCUCCGUCAGUUCCUUCUACUACCGAGAUUUCAAGUGUUGGUGCCACUCUUAGUGAAGAUGUCAAGCCUGAUGUUAACAAUUUAAUAAAAAGUACAUCUGAAUUGACAAUUCAACCUAGCGUACCCCAAACUGUUCCCACUACAGUUAUCCAGGAUCCCAUCUUCUCCACCCCAGUUACAGUCGCAACCACUGCAAGCGUCCAAGACGCACAACCCAAUUCCGUGCUGUACACCAACAUCCCACCACCCACUUCAAUACCCCAGUUCUACAAUGUCCAACAGCAAAACAACGUCGUCCAACCAGUUCCAAUGUACCCGCCGCAAACAGGCGCGUACCCGAUAGGUACCUCGAACUUCGCAGCCUACAGCUACCCCCAACCGAUGUACACACAAGUGCCAGUCAGUUUCGAAUCGCAGCCGCCUGCGCUGCAGAAUUUGUCGUACGCACCGGCCGUCGCGCCGCCGGUUUCGAUACCGGACAACACGGUACCGCAGACGCCGUUGAUCUUUGAUCCGACUAUUGCUGCCAGAUCUGCACAACAAUUGCUCAGCGGCAACAAUCCACCGAGUUAAACUGGAUGGUGUAGGUGGGCGUGUGCAUUAUGACUAGUUAAUACGUUUUUUAUUGAGGUUCUAAAACUUCUUUAAUGUUUGUGUAAUUUUUAAAUUUAAAUAUUUCUAUAUAAUUAAAACAAUAAAGUGUAAUUUAAAC